GGAUUUUGGAACGCUAAAGGUUAGGAUUUGCUGCGUGUUGAGCGCCAUCCGUCUGCAUCGGGCUUCAUUAACGUCUCCAGUAUUCGAAACAUUGCAUAGUUGGUCUUAAAAUAACUCUACUGCUAUUUAGUUAGGUAUUUUCUCAAAGAAAUGGCGGAUUUAGAUGAAACCGCUCAAGAUAGCUUGCUAGACGCAGCUCUCCACACAUCAAAGGACGACGAUGCCGUUUUGGGAGAUAUUGCGGGAGUGGAUCCUACAGUAGAUGACUCAUUGGAAGAUCCGGAACUUGAAGCUAUUAAAGCAAGAGUGAAGGAGAUGGAAGAAGAAGCAGAAAAGUUAAAAGAGAUGCAGAAACAAGUUGAAGAAUCCAUUAUGAGUCCCACAGCAGGACAAUCAACAUUCCCAAAAACAAUCGAAGAAAAAGGUGAAAUUGAUGCAAGAUCAGUUUAUGUGGGGAAUGUUGAUUAUUCUGCAACAGCUGAGGAAUUAGAGCAGCAUUUUCAUGGAUGUGGCUCCGUUAACAGAGUCACAAUUCUUUGUGACAAAUUCACUGGACACCCUAAAGGGUUUGCCUAUAUUGAAUUUUCUGACAAGGAGAGUGUAGAAAAUGCAGUAACCAUGGAUGAUUCCUUGUUCAAAGGAAGACAGAUAAAGGUAAAUCCUAAAAGAACAAAUCGCCCUGGUAUCAGCACAACAGACAGAGGAACACCAAGGGGAAGGGGAAGAGGACGUGGCUUCAGAGGAGGAUUGUACAAUCCUUAUUCAAAUUACAUGCCCAGGCCUAGGGGUAGAGCAAUGUUUAGGUCAGUGAUGGUUUCACUUGAGCUCUGGUAUAACCUUUUUACUUUCCAGAGUGAUCAGUGUAUAGUUGUAGAAAAGAAAGCAAUUAUUGCUCAGAAAUAACAUCAAAUUCUAUGAAACAAUUACCCACCUGGCAAAUAGAAAUGUAUGGUCUAUAAGAAAUGUGUAGCCAUCAGUUAAAAGUGAAUGAUUUAGGUUUAAGCCAUCUCAUGAGUCUUAAAAUGCAGGCUUUAUCUAAACCUCUGUGUGAUUGUUGGGAUAAACAGGGAAUUUCAGUUGGACAAGUAAGUCACAUAUAGCUUAAGACUAGUCUAAGGAAAAAUUCUUCUGUUUCUCUGAGAAAUUUUUUUUUUCUCUUACAGGGGCCGUGGAAGGGCAUACUGGUAUUCUCCGUAUUAACAACUUUCCAAAGACUUCACUGACCCCUACAAUCUAUUUUAAGUGAUUGUUUUUUAUAUGCUCUGCAUUACUCUUUUUUUUUUUUGCAUACUUUGACAAAGUUCAGCUGUUUUUGUCUUCACAGGUUUCUUGGCAAUUAUCAAGGGACCACUCCGUGAAGCUGCUAAUUGGUUAAAAUGAGAGCCUUGCUCAGCCUUCUUACCUAAUGGAUAUAUUCCAGAGUAGGUAUAGUGACUUGAAAAGCUCUUUCAAUUAAGACAGACUGUGGUGUUAAAAAAAAAUAGGUUUAAAAAAGAAGACAAAAAAUUUUUUGAGAAUGAAAAACUUUAUGAGAAGAAGAAAAAAAAAAGACCAUGAGCUGUUUUAAGACUGAAAAAAGAAGAACUAAGGAAACACUGAGUGACUGAGGAACAAGAGAGAGAGAGAGAUAGGGUGAAAAAAUACAGAUACACACUUUUUGUGUUGUUGUUGUGUAUUAGUAAAUGUAUUGGACUAACAGGUAUUCAGCGUUGCAAGAAAACAUCAAUAAAAAAUUUUGUAAAAAUGUA